AUGGCUGCGCAACAUCUUAACCAAUUCCAGUUUCACUCAGUCUCCAAAAUCGGCAUCAUCGGAGCUGGUAUUAGCGGAAUCGCUGCCGCUAAACAGCUUUCAGGUCACAGUCCGGUGGUGUUUGAGGCCACUGACUCGAUCGGGGGAGUUUGGAAACACUGCUCUUAUGCUUCCACCAAACUCCAAACCCCUCGUUGCGAUUUUGAGUUCUCUGACUAUCCUUGGUCUGAGAGAGACAAUGCAAACUUCCCUUCUCAUGUUGAGGUCUUGGAAUACUUGCAUGGCUAUGCCACACACUUUGACCUCUUGAAGUUUGUCAAGUUUGGUUCAAAGGUUGUGGAAAUACGCUAUGUAGGUGAUGAUCACAGUACCACUACCAGUACUCAUUCAUCUGAAAAUUAUACAUCCGGGGAAUAUGGGAAUCUUUUGGCCGGCCACCCUGUCUGGGUGGUCGGAGUUCAAAGCUCCAACAAUCCAGACAGUACCAUCGAGUGGUAUGGAUUCGAGUUCAUUGUGGUGUGCAUCGGGAAAUAUGGAGACAUACCAAGAAUACCAACCUUCCCUCGCAACAAAGGUCAAGAAGUGUUCAAAGGAAAAGUCAUGCACUCCAUGGACUACUCUAAGCUAGACCAAGAAGCUGCGCGUGAGCUCGUCAAGGGCAAGAAGGUUGCAGUCAUUGGCUACAAGAAGUCCGCCAUUGAUUUAGCACUCGAGUGUGCUGAGGCUAACCAAGGACCAGAUGGGCAACCAUGCACAAUGGUGGUGAGAACUUUGCAUUGGACUGUUCCAUCAUAUUGGAUUUGGGGACUUCCAUUUUUUUUGUUUUACUCAACAAGGUCUUCUCAAUUCGUCCAUGAAAGGCCAAACCAGAGCUUCCUCAAAGCCCUCUUCUGCCUAUUUUCAUCCCCAAUGAGAAAGGUGGUUUCCAAGUUCAUAGAGUCAUACUUGCUGUGGAAGCUUCCUCUAGUGAAGUAUGGCCUAAAACCAGAGCACCCAUUUUUGGAGGACUAUGCGUCUUGCCAGAUGGCUAUUUUGCCUGAUAACUUCUUUCCCGAGGCGGACAAGGGUAACUUAAAGUUCAAAAGAGCAUCAAAGUGGUGGUUUUAUGAUGGUGGAGUUGAAUUUGAAGACAACACCAGAUUGGAGGCUGAUGUUGUUGUUCUUGCUACUGGUUAUGAUGGAAAGAAGAAACUACAAUCUGUAUUACCUGAGCCUUUCCGCAGUCUCAUGCUCGACUCUUCUGGCACUAUGCCCUUAUACAGGGGUACAAUCCAUCCAUUGAUUCCCAACAUGGCAUUUGUGGGUUUCAUAGAGAGCGUUUCGAAUCUGCACACAGCAGAGUUGAGGUGCAAAUGGCUAUCAAGAGUCGUUGACAACAAGUUCAAGCUUCCGAGUGUGAAAGAAAUGCUUGAUCAGAUAAGCAGAGAGAUGGCAGUGAUGAAGAGGACGACGAGGUUUUACAAGAGACACUGCAUUUCUACUUUCAGCAUCAACCACAGUGAUGAGAUUUGCGAAGAAAUGGGGUGGAAGUCUUGGAGGAAGAGCAACUGGCUUUCAGAGGCUUUUAGCCCUUAUAACAGCCGAGACUAUAAUGAAGAGAAGGAGGAUUAA